GACAACUGCACCUAAAAGGUAAAGAAGAAGAUCAGAGGAAACUCGCUAACGUUAGCUUGGUAAAUAGUUUCUUAGCGAGCCCUUGAUUUUAGCGUCCUGACGAUGGCUCCUUUAGACCUUGAUAGAUAUGUUGAAAUAACAAGGGACUGCAAAUACCUGCCGGAAAAUGAUCUGAAGAGAUUAUGUGAUUAUGUUUGUGAUUUGCUCCUGGAAGAAUCAAAUGUUCAGCCAGUCUCUACCCCGGUAACUGUUUGUGGAGAUAUUCACGGUCAGUUUUAUGAUCUUUGUGAGCUCUUCAGAACGGGAGGACAAGUUCCAGACACAAAUUACAUUUUUAUGGGAGAUUUUGUAGAUAGAGGAUAUUAUAGCUUGGAGACGUUUACACACCUACUAGCAUUAAAAGCAAAGUGGCCUGAUCGUAUCACUCUUCUACGUGGAAACCACGAAAGCAGACAAAUAACUCAAGUCUACGGCUUUUAUGAUGAGUGUCAAACUAAAUAUGGAAAUGCAAAUGCCUGGCGGUACUGCACAAAAGUGUUUGACAUGCUGACUGUGGCAGCUUUGAUAGAUGAGCAGGUGCUGUGUGUCCACGGUGGGCUUUCACCUGACAUCAAGACUUUGGACCAGAUCCGCACCAUUGAACGCAACCAGGAAAUUCCCCACAAGGGGGCUUUCUGUGACCUUGUGUGGUCAGACCCAGAGGAUGUGGACACUUGGGCUAUCAGUCCACGAGGUGCUGGGUGGCUGUUUGGCUCCAAGGUUACUAAUGAGUUUGUCCACAUUAACAACCUGAAGCUCAUCUGCCGUGCACAUCAGCUAGUUCAUGAAGGUUACAAGUUCAUGUUUGACGAGAAGCUAGUAACCGUGUGGUCAGCGCCCAACUACUGCUACCGAUGUGGAAACAUUGCAUCCAUCAUGGUCUUCAGGGAUGUCAGCAGACGAGAGCCCAAGCUGUUCCGUGCUGUCCCUGACUCCGAGCGUGUCAUACCUCCUCGAACAACCACACCCUACUUCCUCUGAUGAGUUCUCCAUUUUCUCGCCUCUCCACCUUCUGGAGAGCUCAACUGUCAAACUUACAGACAUGGACAAAAUUGUUGGUACCCUUCUGUUAAACAAAGA